CCGCCACCGGCGCCGGGCCGGCGCACGCCCUCUACUUCGCCUGCUACGAAAAGUUAAAAAAGACGCUGAGCGACGUUAUCCACGCAGGGGGCAAUAGCCAUGUGGCCAACGCCAUGAGCCAGCCGCACGGUGCCGGGCACGGGAAGCGCCGCUCCGCGCCUGCCAGAGCUGCUGCCGGGUGUCUGGCCCGGAGCAGGUCGGUGGCCCUGGCUCGGGAGGAUGCCGGUGGACAGCAGCUGCCUGCAGACAAGCUGGGACUGGCCGUGGCCCGUGCGUUGGCAGUGCCAGAGCUCGCCCCAGGAAUGCCACAUGGUUUCGGAGCCCGUCUCGCCAUGGUGCCCGUUACUCGACUCAAGGACCCGCCACAGUAGGGGGAGCACGGGGCUGAGGGGAGAGCAGGGCGUGUUCCGCCCUUGGCAGGCGCACAGAGGAGUGCCGGCGGGCUUCUCCGUGGGACAUGGGAACACCCGCCAUCCCAAGGCCUCCCUGCCAGCUGGUGGCAUUGGCCUGUCCCCCAAGGAGCAGGCACAAAUGAGUCCCAGUCACCCCAUGGCACAUGGCAGCCUGUCACAAUCUUCUCCCUCUCUAUCUCACUCUGGGGGGGAACCCCUGAGGACCAGCCUGCCUUUUGGAAGGGAGAUGGAGGCCACUUUCAGAUCUCACCUUUUUCAGGGGCCUCCUCCUGCGCCUUGGCCAGGGACCUGGGGCUGUGGUGGAGUCCCAGGGUCCCUCACCUUUCCCCCCCUCACAUGUGGCAGUUCUUGUUUUGCAGGUGCAGCCGGGUGUGUAGCAACCUUGCUCCACGAUGCAGCCAUGAACCCUGCUGAAGUGGUGAAGCAGAGGAUGCAGAUGUACAACUCGCCUUACCAGCACGUGAUGGACUGCGUACGGGCCGUGUGGCACAACGAAGGGGCCGGAGCUUUCUACCGCAGCUACACCACCCAGCUCACCAUGAACAUCCCCUUCCAAGCCAUUCACUUCAUGACCUACGAGUUCCUGCAGGAGCAGCUCAACCCCCACAGACAGUACAACCCAGGCUCCCACGUGGUGUCCGGAGCCUGCGCGGGGGCUGUGGCUGCUGCAGCCACUACGCCUUUGGACGUUUGCAAAACGCUGCUCAACACCCAGGAGUCGCUGGCCUUGAGCUCCAACAUCAGCGGACACAUCACAGGCAUGGCUAAUGCCUUCAGGACGGUGUACCAAGUGGGCGGUGUGACCGCCUACUUCAGAGGGGUCCAGGCCAGAGUCAUUUUUCAGAUGCCCUCGACGGCGAUUGCCUGGUCUGUGUACGAGUUCUUCAAAUACAUCCUUACCAAGCGCCAGGAGGAGCGUCGGGCUGGCAAGUGAUCCAGAGCCAAACGCCGUUCCAGACCCGUCUCACAUCCCCUCCUGGUGUGUCUUCUGACCCCUCUCCCUUUUGGUUUGGUUGUGUUGAAGAGAGGGGCAGUGAAGCCCUUUGGGGUUUAGCGAUGCCAUUUUUUGCCUGUGGCUGUUGCAGCUCUGCUCAGGCUGCACAGCUUGCUCUCUGCUGGGCUCCUCCGAGAUGUCCUGCUGGCAGCUGCAGCCCAGGUCACACGCCCUGGCACUUUGGUGGAGCUGUGCUCCUGAUUCCCUUAACCACAACAUCUCACGCAAAACUCAGCCCUGCUCAGAGGGAAGGUGAAUGUCCUGGCCUGCCCCAGCAGGGCCAAGCUGAGCUCGCAGUCACCAAGGAGGGGGUGACAGCGGGAUGCUGGGGGCUUGGUCUGGCUUUUGGCUGAAGCAAAGUGCAAGUCUUGGCCGUUGUCUCGUAGCACGCACAGUGAUGCUGACUGCCCCGGUGGUGGUGGUGGUGGUGGGCGAGGGGAGGAUGGCACUUGAGGAGGGAGCCUGUAGGUUUGUUCUUGUUCCUGCUCUUGACACCUCCAAUAAAAACAGUUCUGCUCUA